GGGAGGAGGAUUUGUCCAAGGCGCGCAUGAGUGAUAUUCAUCUUGCUUUUUUGGGGGGGGAUUUAUUAGACAGAAAUCCCAGUUACCACUUAGUCAACUUCUAUCGUUGUCUAUCAGCUCAGUUUGAUUCAUCCAACACCUGCCCCGGGAUAAGAGCGGGUCAGCCGUCUCCUCAGUGCGGGUCGGAGCCGGACCAGAGCUGCGCAGGAGAGCUCCCCUGCGGAACGCGUCAUGGGAUACGGGAGAACCAGCGCCGUUUGUUGUAUAUGCACCUGAGGAUCGUGGAUUUACGCGCGUUUCUGGAGAAAAACAAGACUUAAAAUCACUAGUUAGUAGAAAAAACUUUUGCCACACAGAGUUACAGGCUUCUGCCAUUGGACUGUGACUUUAUUUCUCACACACGGUUUGGAUUUGAGUUUGGAUCUGGCAGAAUGGUCCCAUCCCACAGCUUCACAUUGGCCUUUGUCCUCUUUUGCUGUUCAUCACUCGCAAAUGGACGUGCAGAGGUGGAACACUUGACAAAAAUGCUGCCCUCUGAGACUCCCCUUGUCCUUCGAAAAGGGGGUGCAGUAACCCUCCUGUGCAGAGGUCACGGUCAUCUGCACUGGAAACUUGGAAAUCCACGGCGCAGGCUUUCAUCAGAGGGGGUGAGGGUGGAGCAAUGUGACCCCACUCAUCACUCACGCUCACACUCUCACUGCAGUAAACUGACAGUCACCCACCUGACUGCCAAUGACACUGGGCUGUACAGCUGUGAAUACUACAAAGAUAGUUCAGACCACAUCACUUCAGCAUAUGUCUUUGUUGAAGAUCCUCAGCAGCCGUUUGUCGAUCCCUAUGAUUCUUUACCUGACAUCCUGUGGAUCUUGAGACAUGAGACCAGCCUUGUAAUACCAUGUCGGACAUCGUCUCCAAAUACUGUUGUAACACUAACAUCGGGCCCAGAAAGAAAAGACAUUAAGGAAAAGAAAUGGGAUCCAAAGGUGGGAUUUAAGAUUCCCUAUAGUUCGGACACACUCCACAGCUUGCUCACCUGUCACACCAGGGUUAAGAACCAAGAGUUCACCUCAGUCUACAUCCCUCAAAGACACACUCUUUUUCUUAAAAAUGUGAAAAUCGCCCCAGACCAUGUGAAAGUGUUGGUUGGAGAACAAGUCACCCUUAACUGUACUGGGGAGACCACCUAUAAUGGAAGGAUCAACUUCACUUGGGAUUUUCCCAAGAAAAAAGAAAAUCGCCAUGCUUUUAAUAAGACGCGACCACCGCCUGACGCAGUUUUUGUGAUGAGCAAUGCUUUAAUUUUGCCCAAUGUUACAACAGAAGAUAGUGGAAUUUACCACUGCAGAGCUGAGAUUGAACCCACAAAAUACAAGAAUGCCACAGCAAGAGUCACUGUAUAUGAGCAUCCAUUUCUCAAUCUCUCCUACAAGAAUGAUAAGCCAAGUACUGUGAUCGUCAAAGAGGGUACGAAGAGGGUUGUCUUUGGGCCAAAGGUCAAAGCUGUACCUGCGACAGACAUGGUAAUGUGGUAUAAAGAUGGCAUCCCUAUCAAGAAAAAUUCAACUUGUUUCAAAAUGUCUGGCAACAACCUAAUCAUCACUGAUGUGCAAGAGAAGCAUGCUGGGGUCUUCACCAUAAGUCUGGGCAUCCAAUCCAAGGGGCUGCACAAGAAUCUGAGCUACACUGUGGUUGUCAAGGUGCCACCAGCAAUUUCAGAGGCAGAGCUUUCCGCUGUGGAUGUGCAGCCAUACUCGUUUGACAAACAGCAUCAGCUAACCUGCACUGCUUAUGGGCUGUCGUUGCCAAACAUCACUUGGUUCUGGCAACCAUGUCACUCAGAUCCCACUGCUAAAAAAUGCAUUAACAGUCAGAACACUGAGCCACUCCCGGUCAACACUGAUGACAGGGCAAAUUACUCCUACAACUGGAUCAAGAGCAUAAACUUUAAGACUGAACUAGUCAAAGAAAAAAAUAAGACUGCAAGUAAACUGGUGAUAGGAAGGGCUGCUGUGUCAGGACACUACACUUGUGUAGCCAAGAACGAGGUUGGCACCACGACAAUGACAAUCCCAUUCUACAUCAAUGAUCAGCCUGAGGAAAUUUCCAUCUACCCUCGGACAGUCAUUGAAGGAGAUGAUGUUACUCUGACCUGUCGGGCUCCUCGUUACCUUUACACAGACCUGCAGUGGCUUGAUCACAUGAAUCAAACCAUCUCUUCCAAUGGGUCCAGUCUGCAGUUCAGCAACUACUCCAUUUCCCUUUCUCUGCACCUGCAUAAUGUGUCCCAGAACAGCACUACAGGUUACAAGUGUCAGGGGUAUAAGCUACACAAGAAGGUUGUGGUCAAACCUGCUGCACUAACAGUGGAUGCAAGAAAACACCCCUGGCUGAGUCAAAAUCUGACUAAUCAGGAUGUAAACAGCAGCAGCACUCUGGUACUGGCUUGUUUUGCCCUUGGGGUUCCUCGUCCCUACAUCAUGUGGUACAAAAAUGGAAUUCCAGUGGGAAAAGGCCCAGGUAUCACUUUGGGAGAGGACGGAGUUCUGACCAUUGAAAGGGUGAAGAAAGACGAUGAGGGUCUGUAUGAGUGUGUCGCCAGCAAUGUUAUGGGUGUCGCAAAGACAAGUGCAGUCGUCACUGUGCUCGGGGAUGAAGGGAAGCCAAACAUUGAGGUAAUCAUUCUGGUGUGUACGGGAGCUGCAGCCACGUUCCUCUGGCUCAUGCUUAUCCUCUUUAUCCGCAAGCUAAGGAAGCAACCAGCACACUACAAAAUGGGUCCAUCCAUCAUCAUUGAUCCUGAUGAGUGUCCCCUUGAAGAGCAAAAUGAGCUUCUACAGUAUGACAGCAGCAAAUGGGAGUUUCCCCGCGACCGCCUACGGCUAGGGAAAACUCUUGGCCAUGGAGCUUUUGGAAAAGUAGUCGAGGCUUCUGCUUUUGGGAUUGACAAGCUCUCAACCUGCAAGACUGUUGCUGUUAAAAUGCUAAAAGGAGGUGCUACAUCAAAUGAGCGCAAAGCUCUUAUGUCAGAGUUGAAGAUCCUGAUCCACAUUGGCCACCACCUCAAUGUGGUCAACCUGCUUGGAGCUUGCACAAAGCCUGGAGGCCCAUUGAUGAUGAUUGUGGAGUUCUGCAAGUACGGCAACUUGUCCAACUAUUUGAGAGGCAAAAGGGAUGACUUUCUUGUGUACAAGAACCAGGAUGGUAAAGUGAUGUCGUCAGGAUCGGGCUGCGAGCUCAGCGAACUGAUGAAACGCCGCCUGGAGAGCGUGGCCAGCACCGGAAGUUCAGCCAGCUCUGGCUUCAUCGAAGAUAAGAGCUACUGCGACUCAGAGGAAGAGGAAGAAGAAGCUGAGGAUUUAUAUAAGAGGGUCUUGACAUUGGAAGAUUUAAUUUGCUACAGUUUCCAAGUUGCAAAAGGCAUGGAGUUCUUGGCUUCACGCAAGUGCAUUCAUCGUGAUUUGGCUGCAAGAAACAUCUUACUUUCUGAGAAUAAUGUUGUCAAGAUUUGUGAUUUUGGACUUGCUAGAGACAUCUACAAAGACCCAGACUACGUUCGCAAGGGAGAUGCUCGGCUGCCGCUCAAGUGGAUGGCACCUGAGGCCAUUUUUGACAAAAUCUACACAACUCAGAGUGACGUUUGGUCCUUUGGGGUCCUGAUGUGGGAGAUUUUCUCUCUAGGUGCAUCACCAUACCCUGGUGUCCAAAUUGAUGAGGAAUUUUGCUGCAGGCUGAAGGAGGGGACCAGGAUGAGAGCGCCAGAAUACUCUUCCUCUGAAAUUUAUCAGACCAUGUUGGACUGCUGGCAGGGGGAGCCACAGGAGCGUCCGACCUUUACUGAGCUGGUGGAAAGGUUGGGAGAUCUACUUCAGGCCAGUGUGCAACAGGAGGGGAAACACUACAUACCCAUUAACACACUUCUGGCCAAAGUAGGAGACCCGUCUACCGUGGUUCCAUCAGAAGAGACGCCCACACGGCCCGUCUCCCACCGCGACUCAGGGAGCACCUGGAACAUCAAGAUCCGCCCUGCGAGCGUGAAAACCUUUGAUGAGGUCACCAUGGACAUUGGGACACAUGAAAACCAUGAGGGUGGUCACUCUGACAGCGGGAUGGGCUUGUCCUCUGACAACAUGAAGACUCUGAUACGCUUAGAAUCGUUGGCGGGCCGACCUCUGAGCAUCAUGGCUCUGGCGAUGAAGGCGGUGAGUAAGAGUAAAGAGUCUGUGCUGACGGACUCGGAGAAGGAGAAGUUCCCUCCGACCGUUCCCUCUCUGGACUUCAGCCUGGAUGACUCAGCCCUGGAUGCUGGUCUGGAAUGUCACAGCCCUCCGCCAGACUACAACUAUGUGGUGCGCUACUCCACUCCUCCAGUUUAACCUCCUCCCCACUGCCUGGACACUCUGACUGACAGCCCCCCCAGGCCUUUGUUCUCCUCUGUUUAUCUGUGGACUGAACUAUAGCAAAGUUUGAGAGGAAAACACGUGAGAUUGCCUCAUAAUGUGUUUAGAAAGGAUGCUCUGAAUCGACUCAUGAACUUCCAGGGCGCCUGCUGUGCAACAAAAGGAAACCUGUAGACUGUUGAUUCUUUUCCAGUUUUCAGACGUUAAUGCUGCUGGUCCCUUCAACACCCACUGUGAUUUGUCAAACAGCUGAAAACAGGCUCAGGUAUUUCUUUAAUCUACUGUGAAAACCAACUGCAUUCAUUCGAACUUCUCCACAGAUUUUAACCAAAUACAAUCGUAUGUUAAUGAAGACCUGAAAAAAGAGGAUAGCUUAGGUUUUUAAAAUUUAUACAGAGAUAUUUUAUACAUGUUAAGUUGCUUUCGAAAGUAAAAUCCAGAAAGUUUGUACAUAAAAGUAAAAGAAGCUCUUUUUGUAACGCAGCUACUUCUGUCCAUAUGAAGGUUUGGAGGACAUUGAGAACCAAAUAACAUUAAUUUGACGUUCUUAAAAGUCUUAUAUUCGAGGCGCCAUUGCUUUUGUACUUUGAGUAAAGCUCAUGUAACUCAGGUUGACCCAUAGUGGGGUACUCUGUCAUCUUUCUAAGCUCUCCCAGUUAUGAAAAAUCACAGGUCAAUGGAGGAAACAGGGUCAAGCUGAAAGUAAGACCAGACGGCUUUGGAUUUAACAAUACUGUUCAAGCAUGAAGGGGCAUUUUUUAAUGGUUCCUCCUCCAGUCUGUCCCAGUCUGGUAUUAAAUGAAUCUCAAACACUGUAUAUAUUAAGUCAAACUAAAGGAGACGAGAACCAGGGAGCCACAUUAAAUUGUUUUCAUGUACAAAUUGAGGUAAGAAAACAUUAGAUUAGAACAAAACAUAAUAGGAGCAGUUUGUCAAAAGCACUAAUAAGAUAAAUUCUGUAUUUAUUUAGACUGUAAACACUGUCUUUUAGUAACCGAGUCCUGUUGUUCAUUUACAUUCAUAUUUAAAAGUUAACCAGUGGAUUUUUAAGCUCAAUCUUCCUAAUAGCGAUGUGCAUUAUCCUAGCAUUCGGUUUCAGAUUUCUAUGCUGUUCGUGCUGCUGUAUUCACUGAUAGUAAACCUGAGGGAGUCUGAAUGUGCACAGUCAUGUAUCCUUUGUCUUGUGCUGGUGAAGCUUGCGGUGCAGGCGACACAAACUUUACAUGUGUGUGAAGUUAGAACCAGUAUGCCCUGGUUUGCUGUAGUUUUAAUUAUGUGCUAACAUGUAACAUCGUUGUUUUAACAGAAUUUUACUUGUAAAACAGGUUAUUUUGAGAGUGUUUAGGGCCAGCCACUUAUACAUACACUGUAAAGACAGAAAUAUUGGGACACAUCAUACCUACUGGUUGUAGGACGUAACAUUCCUGUUGAUUUGAAGUAUUAUCUUGAUAAAAGUGUUCAUGUAAUUAAUCACGAUAAAUGUACAGCCAAUAUUUAUUCUAAGUUUAAAGGCUGAUUUUUUUCCUUAGAGCGGAAGAAACAAGCUGGUUACUUGUAGGUUUAAACAGUAUUUACAGUCAGAAUGUGUCAGAAUGUCUUGUAAGUGUUUUAGAUGACAGCAUGAAUAAGAUUUACCCUAAAGAUGAAGGAAAAAAUGUUUCUUGCAAUAUAAAAUGAUAGUGUGACAUUUAUUAUCAUUUUGUAGCCCAGCCCACUGUUAGCAACAGAACUCCUUAAUUCAAUGUGUCCCAAUACUUUUGUCCAUAUAGUGUACUCGUGUCAUCCUUGUAAACAUUCUGUACUUCAUUCAGUUCAGCUUUUUGACCACUAACGAAACAGUAUUUGUCACUAUGUAAACAUCGCAUCAACAUUUUAACCCUUUUGUUUCCAAUCGAUGUCUUGUUUGUGGACCAGUUUGUCAUGUUUUUGAGGAGAAGAUGUAAUUAUGCACUGAUACUUUAUAUCAACUAUAAUAUUUUGUAUUCUAAAGGUAUAUUAUAUUAUUAUCGAGCAGUGUUGAGGGUCAAAAGUUACAAUGUUACAAACAUGUAACACACUUUUAUUUUGCAUUUCUUUUUAACUCUAAACUCCAUUACUUUACAUAGUUUAACUUACACUCACAGUAUUUUUGUCGUUUUGCUUCUGCCAGCCUCAUGAUCAUCAAGCUCAUGCUUUCAUUUAAUGGAUAAUAUUCACAUUGUGUUAUUUUAUGCUACAUUUGAAACUUUUCUAAUGAUUUGUGUUAUUUUAUACAUAAUAAUGACCAAUAAUGCAGCAGCUUCAACCCUCGUCAUAGUUUUAUCUGUAUUUUGUUCAUGUAGUGUAACAGGUUUUAGUCCCCCAACACUGUAAACUGAGCAUAUGAAAGAAAUAAAUGAAUAAAGAUCUAUAUAUUUAUACAAUAA